UCCGUGACUUUCAGUGUUGGCCGUCGCCAUUACAGCGACGACAGUGUUCGUCAAAAGCGCUUUCGUUCAUCGUCGUUUUCGGCGACAGGGUUUAUCCCUGCUCCCGAAAGGGUUUCGUUUCCUUCGUGUAUAAACUUUUAGCAUCUUUUGAACCAGUUUUGUGGCACUGGCAAAAGGUUUUAUUAUUUGUGUAAUUUUAAUCAUGGCUUGCUGAAAAAAUGUCGGGCCUGAAAUUGUUUGCUGUUUCUCCAUGCGGAGAUUAUUUCUCCACCAUCGUAGAUGCUAGAGGACUUUACUAUGGACAAAAAAUCAACUCGUUCAGUACAACCCCCAGUAAAGGGGAAUGGUACUGAGGCUAAGAAGAAUCAAGCCUGACUGUAUCAUGUAUAACCGACAACCAAGUGCCAACCAGAACUGCUCAUCGGUUUGUAAUGCAGCAGUUCAUGUAGCCAGUGGGAGGAUAGUUUCAGAUGUCAGCAGCAACAAACAGUUUCAAAAAACAGUUCGGCGACGAGAGCAGGCAACCUCAAGUAAUACCAGAUAUGAAACAAGUCGGAAACCUGCCCCACAAAAAUGUAAAUCUAUUGACAAAAGACCAAAACCACGGGGUCAGUAUUACAGUGGUGGAAAGGAGGAUACCAAGGUAGCAGGGGAUGAGAGCAUUGCUGAGUAUGGGUCAGUUGUACUACCCAGCAGCAAAAAGCAAAACUUGAACCACUUAUUAAACUUUCAUUACGCACCAAGAGAAGGUACAACAAGUUGGCGUUCUGGUUGGGGUAGCAGUGGCAGUGGUCGUCACCACCAUGUUUCACUUCGCCACAAAUACAACAAGGAGCAGUUUUUACAAGCAAACUGUCAGUUUGUGGUCCGUGCUGAUGCAGAUUAUUCAGCAUACAUCUCUGACCCUGAUGCACUUGUUAGUUGGGAUCUUAUUGAACAAAUUCGUCUUCAGAGUUGUGAAAUGGUUUCCUGCCCAAUAUGCCUGUAUCCGCCUGUAGCUGCCAAGAUGACUCGAUGUGGACAUGUUUAUUGUUGGCCUUGCAUCUUACACUAUCUGGCAUUAUCAGAUAAAUCAUGGAGCAAAUGCCCAAUCUGUUAUGAAUCAGUACAUAGGCAAGACCUGAAGAGCGUCAUUGCUAUUCCACACACGCAAUUUUCAGUAGGUGAAGAAAUAACAUUACGCCUUAUGAAGAGAGAGAAGGGCUCACUUCUGCCUGUGCCAGUUGACCAGUGCAAGGACCUCCCUAUGAAGAAGCUGCUUUCUGUUUCUGAGAAAGAACUAGACACAACUUACUCAAAGCUGCUACUAGCAACACCAGCGGAGGUACUGUCAAUAAUAGAACGUGAACGCUGUGAGUUAGAGGUACAACUAGCAGAUGACGAGUCCCAGCCGGAAACUUGUUUCAUCCAGCAAGCUAUUGAUUUAUUGAGCCAGAGAAAAAUACCAACCAUUUGUGAAGAUAACAAAUUACUGGAAUUGGGAGCAGCAGCUCUACUGCCCGAAACACUGUCGACUGUGGAACCUGCGCAUCCUGAUUUGCAAGUGCACACAGCAGAUGUGGAAAUGAAGCUUCCAGUGGCAGUGGCAGCGGCAGCGGCAGCAACAGCAGUUGAAGCAGUGGAAGAAAUUGCUGCUCGAAAACGCUGUGAAAGUUUCUGCAGUGAAGAGAGUGAGUCCGCAAAUAUUACAGUUGAAAAUCUUGAGAGCCCAUCAACACAGGCGUCACAAAAAUACUUUUAUUUCUAUCAAGCUGCAGAUGGACAGCACAUCUACAUGCAUGCAUUGAAUGUGCGAAUGCUGGAACAUAUAUUUGGUUCGCUAGAGAACUGCCCUCCAACAGUGCGCGGUCGCAUAAUUGAGAAAGAACCUGGAUCGGUAACUGAAGAAUUACGUCACCGACUUCGCUACCUGCAGCAUCUUCCAAUCACAUCACAGUUUGAUGUUGUAGAACUCCACAUCUUGGCUCCUACCAUACCAAGGCGCACCUUGGAAUUCUUCCAUGAUCAGUUGGAGGUGAGGCGUAAAAGGCGUCGGCGUAAAGCACAAGAUGAGCGUAAACGUGAAAAACGUAUUACAGAGGAAGAGAACAAACGCUGGGGCAGGUAUCCUACUCCAAAUAUUCGUAUAGAGUCCCAGCAUCAAUUUCCUCAAUGUGGCACCGAUGUUGAUGGUAUUAGAGUAGACAGCCCUAUAUCACCUGCAGAGUCGAGCUUGGCCAGUAGUCCUUCUUUAUCCCAAGAAGAUAACUUACCAUCUGUAGUUGAGACUUUGAGCCUUGAAAAUGUAGACAGUACAGGCCCAUCAUUUGCCCAGAUGCUUCGUGAGGGUAAGAGCCGACCACCAUCAGUAUGGCCUAGGGUCAGUGUAGCAUCCUCAGUUUCCCCAAGAGCACCCACCCAGCACACUGGUGCUCGUCAUUCUUCUGACAGUGAGACAGAGCUUGAAGGUUAUGUGCCUGUACCUACAUUUCAGCAGAGCUUCAGUGAUGCCAUUGCAUUGGCUUUAGAGAAAGCAGCUACUGCACAUCAGAACAAUGAAGGCAACAUUCAACCUUCUUCAGGCAAAAAGAAGAAAAAGAUGAAACAAAAAGUUCUUUUUGCUACUGGCAUGGCAUGUUCUAGCAAGUAGCUUCACAUUGCAGUUUCAAUUUUUGUCUCAUUCUGCUUUGAAAUACUGUGUCUUUAAAUUCUAAUAGUUUUUUGCAAUGAAGAAAAUUUCACAAACUCUUAAAUUUAAUAUAAAUAAUUUAGCUUCAUUUUAACAUUGUAAUUAAUCUUAUUUUACAUUUUCAAUAAAGAAUAGUUACUGCACUGUAGCCCCUUGAAGAAUCCUUGUUUUCUGAUGGUUUUGUGGCAUUUGUCUUAAGUCAGGUUUUAGUUACUGGGUAUUUGUUUCUAUAGGUUAUUUAUCAGUUAAAGUAACAUUCAGGUUACAAAAUUUGUGUAAUGCUGUGGAAGGUACAACACAAAAAUGUAUAGUACUCACAAAGUUAAUGAAAAGGUAUAUCCUUUGCUGAAGUACUUGUAUAAAUAUGGUUUAUGUAAUGUUUGGAUGCUAUACUGUUGAUACCGCACAAGCAGUAGAUUUUUUGUUAAUUUUCUUAAAUUAUCAUUGUUUGGUAGACCACCAAACAGUAAGGGAGGCAACACUGGUUGUGAUAAAGAUUGAUAAGACUCCUGUUUGAAUAUAGCUGUGUACUUUUAAAUCAGUAUGGCAGAAUGUACUAUUUGACAAACAUAAAAGGUUAUUCUAUAAUUUUUCCUAAAUAUUAUGUGCUAUAAUGCCUUUGCCAAUGUCUUGGCACUGCUGUGUGGGAUCUUUGGCUGGGUGGCCUCGGGCCUGGCUUCUGUGAUAUUUGUUCCUACAGUUCAGUGUUCAAUUUUGUGACAAGGCACAUGAAUCAGAUAUUUGUUGAAAUUGCCAUGUUUUCAAGGUUUAUUAUGUUUAAAAUAUUAUAAAUUUAAUUUGAAUAAAAUUUGAUAAAACUGA